AUGGCCGACCGCCCCCCAGCAGUCCCCCUCCACCUCACGUCCCUCGCCAUCCUAGCGCCGAGCAAUGCGCCGCUGUACGUCCACAGCUUUACCGGCAAGGACGACGAGAUGCGCGCGUACCAUUUGGCGCAUGCGGCGGUGGACGUGAUUGAGGAGCGGAUUGUCAUGAACGCGCAGCCCAACCGCCCGUCCGACUCCUACCUCGGCCUCCUGUUCUGCAUGGAAGACAUGGCGUUCUACGGCUUCCAGACGCCGACCAAACUGCGCCUCGUGCUCUCCGUCGCGCUCGUCGACGCGGUAAUCAAGGACGCGGACAUUGUGGCCAUCUUCCGGGCCGUGCACCAGGAGGUGAUCCGCGCGAUACAUAACCCGUUUUUGAGCCUGCCGAGCAGCUUUAGUGCGGUGGCCGCGGCGCCGUACGAGCCGGCGGCGGAGGGAGAGGACGGGGAGGGGAAGAAGGACGGGGACAAGGAGGUGCAAAAGGCCACCGCCGCCCUCGCGGCAACCCGCGUCGGCAGCACGCGCCGAAACGAGGCCGUCGCCGAGGAAGAAAUGUUCGCCUCCGGACCCGCCGACAUCAAGCCCGCCUGGCUCGACUCGCCGCGAUUCCGCGCCGGGAUCGAGCGCCUCGGCGUGCUGCUUAAUGGCGGAAGGGCUUAG